AUGGACGAUGAAGAAAUAGAGGUGGGGGAGAAGUUUGGUGAAAGGCUUUUCAAAGCAAUAGACGAGUCAAGGUACCAUGUGGUCAUCUUGUCGAAAGGAUAUGUAGAUUCUAAGUGGUGCUUGAAGGAAUUGGCAGCUAUGGUUGUUCACAUGAUGGAAUCGACAUCCAGGCCAUCUCAGCACAAGAAAGAGAUCAUCCCUGUCUUCUACUAUGUGGAGCCCUCUGAUGUGCGCCAUCAAAGGGGCCCUUUUGAGCAGUCAUUUAAAGACCAUGAAGUGCUUUACAAUCCUACAGAUGUUGAGGAAUGGAGACAAGCAAUGAACAAAAUUGGUGAACGUCAAGGUCCUGUAAUCAAAGACGAGUAA